UCGGCGCGAACCCGUCGGAUCCGUGACAUUUUAUCCGGCGAUAAUCAAAACCGAGAGUUGCUAAAAGUUUCCGAACAUGUUCUCGAGUUACGGAGGCAUCUCCUCGCGCUCCAAGUCCACGACGGACAUCUUCCGAGCGUCCUCGGCGGAGCUGGACGACGCCUCGUAUCCGCCGGCCGACCAGAGUUACGCGCGCUACCGCAAAAACACCGACCCCGCCGCGCUCGCGAACGGCCCUCGACGUCGCGUCGUCGCAGCUCCGGUUCCGCCCCGGCGCUCGAGCAGCAGCUUGACCGUCAACCUGGAGCCCGAAGCUGCGGAUCUGAGAUCGCAGCCGAGCGAGGAGGAGGGCGAGUCCAGCCACGACAGCGUCCUGCCCACUCAGCUGAGCCAGAGCCCGGGCUCGAAGAACUUCGUGAAGAGGCUCGUGGCGACGCUCGAGCGGAGGCAGAGGGAACAGCAGCUGGCCGCGAUCGGACCCAGGAGCGACGCGGACGCGACUAACAACGAGCUGCUGUACAGGAAGAGCGCCAGGAAGACGGUGCCCAGCGGCUCGAGGAAGCAGGAGCUGCUCGACCGAGAGCAGGCCUGCGUCGCGACCUGCAGACUCCCGGCGACGACUCAGCUGGAAGACCUGCAGGAGCGCGACGAGGACGCGGACGAGGAGUGGCGCGACUCGGCCGACCUGGCCCCCCAGUUCUGGGAGCAAGAGCUGACGAGCAGCCUCGGCCUGCCCAUCCACGUAAUCGAGAGGAAGAGCGACGGCAACAACGACAACAACGACCGAAAGUCCAGGACGGUCAAGCGCACGAUCAAGAGCGUCUUCUCCUCGAUCAUCAACUGGAAGAACUCCAAGAGCCUGCCCAAGGGCUCCCGCGAGUACUACGCCGCCAGGGAGAGCCUGGGCGAGGAGAUGCGGGCCUUCAGGCGCGACACCAUGCCGAGGCUAAUCGAGCGCGCGACCGGCAAGGGCAAACUCGAUCGGAACUGGCGAGGAACCGCCGCGCCGACGAGGAGGGACGAUGAUCAGCGCGAGUUCUCCCAGCUCAUCGGCUGCAGUCCCGGUAAUGAGAGCAGCCCGAUAGCAGCCGACGCGGAGCCGCCGAGCACCGCCACCAUACACCCGGUCUACGGAAGCUGCAGCGCCGGCCAUCAGAGGCGCUCCUGGCACAAGCAGGACCUCCCGUCGGACCAUCACUCGGACGCGGAGACGAGCAAGCCCGAGCUCCUCUACGGCUCCAUCAAGGUUCAGCCUCCGACGCCACCGCCUCGUGCCAGCCAGCAGCUGCUGCGGCCGUCCAAGGUUAGGGACCUGCAGAAGCGCAUCUCCCGCGAGUCCUUCUCUCAAGUUCAGCUGCGCCGACCGUCGCCUGCCAGCAGCAGCAGCAGCAGCAGCAGCAGCAGCGACAAGCGCAACUCGAUCGUCUACGACGUGCCUCAAUCCAACCGCAGAGUCGAGUCGGCCGAGGACUGCACUGUACUGGUGGAACGCGAGCGAGUACCGGGAUACAUCAGUCGCAGCACGCCCCCCGAGUACGAGAACGUCAGCGGCAUUAUCGGCGCGCACAAUGACGAUAAGCGGCUCCACUGCACCGCUUUCACGACCUUUUAGUUUUUAGCCCGCAGUCUGAAUCUUUUUGACAAAUCGACCAACGACUGCUCUGGAUAUUAUAACCUCUUGUGAUUAUUUCUGCGUGCUUUGAUAUGAACUUUUCAAAAUAAUACACUGCUACUGCGCAUAUUGACGAAAUUCCAUUGGAUAUAUACUUAAGCUAUCAUAUAUUAUUUUGCCUUUCUUGCUUGAAUAUGUAAAUUUUUGCUCAUUAUUCGCUAGCUUCGGUAGUUUUAAUCGAUCGUUAUUCGACUGUACAUAAUUACGCAAAGACAACAAUAAAUAACCUUUCUCAUUAAA